AUGAUGGCGGCAGCGGCCGCCCCGGCCGUGGUGGUGGAGGUGAGCCUGAGCAGCACCGCCAGUAGCAGCAGCGACACUUCCAGCACCGGCGAGGAGGAGAGGAUGAGGCGCCUCUUCCAGACCUGUGACGGCGACGGCGACGGCUUUAUCAGCAGGUAACCGCAGCAGCUGGGGCAGCCGGCUGCUCUCUCUCUCUGCGCGCGCGCGCUCGCACACACCCGCCGAAAAAGUGGCAGCUCAACUUCUGAGCAAGUUUCUCAGAUGCGAGUUGCGCUUCAUGCACGACGGAGGUGCCCCUGGACAGACAGACCGGCAGACAGACAGAUGAACGCUUCUUGGGCAGGGGGGUCAGCAGGGUGGAUCAGCAUCACACCCAGGGUAACGUGCUGGCCAACCACACAAAUAUUUUAUUGGUUUUUAAACAGAUACAAAUACAAUAGCCAUCACACACUUAGCCAGCAGUACAGCUAAUGGUGUUUGUUUUAUCCAUUGUCUCUAGACCCGUGGUUCCCAACGUGAGGCACCCCCCCACAUGGGGCCCAAUUUGAUUUUUAAGGGGGACAAUUUGGAAACUUGUUUAGACCAAGUUAAUGGCCUUUUAGGCUUCCUCCACAUGAAUAGUACAGUGGUACCUCGGGUUACAUACGCUUCAGGUUACAGACUCUGCUAACCCAGAAAUAGUACCUCGGGUUAAGAACUUUGCUUCAGGAUGAGAACAGAAAUCGUGUGGCGACAGCGCAGCGGCAGCGGGAGGCCCUAUUAGCUAAAGUGGUACCUCAGGUUAAGAACAGUUUCAGCUUAAGAACGGACCUCCGGAACAAAUUAAGUAUUUAACCCGAGGUACCACUGUAGUUCACUUUUUGAAUAAUAAGAAUUAUAUGGCAAUGGGGGGGGGCAUCAGGAUUUUAGAGAUGCUUAGGUGGGGCAUGGCCAAAAAAAGGUUGGGAACCACUGCUCUAGACAUACACUUUACACAUUCAGUAUUCAAACAUAUUACUUGGUGUAACCCUUCCACUGAGAAUAUUGAGCAGUUGGUAUAAGAAGGUCUUGUUUUUGGUCAUUAACAUAGUUCAAGAGAGGGAUCCAUGUUUCUUGAAAGGCGUCUCUAUUCGUUAUGCCUUUAAUUUCCCUCCUUUAUCUGGUGAGAUGCUCAGACAUUGCUGUAUCCCAGAUAUUAUUUCCCUGUACGUUGACGGGUAUUUCAGUCUGGUUCUUCUGUUGCUGAGCUAUCGCUAAUCCUGCUGCAGUCAGGAAGAAGCCUACUAGUUUGCCUGUAGCGUGCUGACCUUUCUGGCAAGGUGGUCGCUGUGACUCUGGAAGCCUUCCUAUAGAAAUCGGUGGUUAAAACUUUCGGAAGAAACUUCUACCCAGCAAGUUAUUCCUCUCCUUUUUCUUUUUUCUUUUGUUUUGUUAUUGUGGUGUCAGGCAGUUAUGUUCUUUGCCCUGGAAACUCCUGAAUGCAUAAGUGCUGAUUAUAGCUGCAUAGUGGUGGGGACUCCAGGCGUUCUGUUCGCGCCCCGAGGCACUUUCUCCUUCAUUACGACUGUGCAUGCUGAGCUGUAGUUCAAAUUAAGCUGAGCUGGUAGUAUUAGGUUCAUUUGCACCAAUGUUGAGGGAGCAGGUUGAAAGGAGAAGGCAGCUUUUCAAUUUCAGUGUUACACACAAAUGCGAAGGCCCUUGUGCUCAGCUCAGGAACUUGCUUUAGCUUGGCAUUGUGGCAGCAGUAGCGGUUCACACCCUGCUGCCAGCCAGGGAGAAGGUGUGGUCUAAAUUUCCUGUUCCCAGUUGUCCAAUAACUGACCCCCUUGCUAAAGGGCUUGAGACUGCAUGAUCAGGGAUGGGGGUGAAGUACCUGGGAACCUCUGGAUUUCCUUGGACUCCAGCUCCCAUUGGCAUCAGCAAGCAUAGCCAGUGAUCAAGGGUGAUGAGAUUGGUAGUGCAAUGACAUCUGGAAAUCAGUGGGUUUCUGGUAGCUGGUCCAGAACAUCUCACAAUGCUUGGGUGAAGCUGAAAGGAGUGAAAGACUUGAUAAUGGUUAUGUUGACCCCUGAUUUGGUUGUGUUGAUGAUCUUAUCUAAAUGGAUGACACUUUGGAAGAAAUAGAAGCAGGAGGGGUUUUUUUAGAGGGUACCUGUAUAUGACACUUGUGAAUAAUGACUUUCAUACAGAGUGUGCACAGCUGCAGGUAGCACUGCUAGCCAAGGUAGCAUGAGCAUAGCCGGGUGGGGGCAGGAGGGGCAGAUGUUCCCCCUGAGAUCAAGUAAAACAAGAUAAAUACUUAACUGACCAAUCACAUCGGUUCUGCCCUCCAACGAAAGUCUUGCCCCCCCAACAAAAGUCCUUGCUACACCCAUGCAAGGUGGAUAGUAUACAUGUUAUUUCAUUUGUUCACAUGCAUUGUUUUCCCCCUAGUAGGAAGAGGCACAGGACAGAAGCAAAACAAAAUUCCUAUAAACGCUCCCCCAGUUGUUGUUUAGUCGUGUCCGACUCUUCGUGACCCCAUGGACCAGAGCAUGCCAGGCACUUCUGUCUUCCACUGCCUCCUGCAGUUUAGUCAAACUCAUGCUGGUAGCUUCGAGAACACUGUCUAACCAUCUCAUCCUCUGUCGUCCCCUUCUCCUUGUGCCCUCCAUCUUUCCCAACAUCAGGGUCUUUUCCAGGGAAUCUUCUCUUCUCAUGAGGUGGCCAAAGUAUUGGAGCCUCAGCUUCAGGAUCUGUCCUUCCAGUGAGCACUCAGGGCUGAUUUCCUUAAGAAUGGAUAGGUUUGAUCUUCUUGCAGUCCAUGGGACUCUCAAGACAAUUCCACUAUGUGUAUUUCUGUGACAUGUUUAUGGUGGGGAGGGGAGGGAAAUGUCAUGUUUUUACAUGCCCCAAUGAAUAAAAUCCACAGUUCUAUUUACAGCUUGUCUGAUUUUCAUAGAUCAUAGAAUCAAAGAGUUGGACGAGAGACCCAAGGGUCAUCUAGUCCAACCCCCACAAAUGCAGGAAUCUGGCCCACAGACAUCUCUGGGUGGGCUUGAACCACCAACCUUCUGGUUAACAGCCAGAUGCACUGAACGAUUGUGCCACCUGAGGUGCUAUGUAGGGCUAGUUUUAAGAUACAUGUUUUUAAAAUGUUUGGAAAUUGAUAGAUGGUAUUACGUAAGGGAAUUUGUAUUUGUGUGUAUGUGGUUAAGCUGUCAACACAUAGUUGUUGGGUUUUGUGGAUUAUCGUAUUAGCCUGAAUAUAAGCCUCACUUUCCUUCCAAAUUCCGACUGUGAAAAGUUAAAGUGUGGCUUAUACAGUAUUCACAACUUUAUGGUAUGCAGCCAGGAACGCGGGGCAAACAGCGCCAGGAGCGCAGCAAAGCGGAGCCCGCCCUGUGCGUAGUCCCCCGUCCUCUCCCCCAAGGUUGGGAAGGGAGAGGGCGAGGAAGGGGAAAGGCAGAAACGCAGCACGGCUCCGGCCCCCCCCCCUUAUGUAGCCAGAAGCAGCGAGGAAUGGAGUGGCUUAUAUUCGGGUAUUUUUUCUUUCCCCCACUCCAAUUUUAAAGGCGCAGCUUAUAUUCGGGUGCGGCUUAUAUUUGGGCCAAUACAGUAGUUAUUGGGCCAGGAGGUGUAGUGUCCAUCUCUUGCCACCAGGACACCACGUACAUCUUUGUAUCUCACCCUUAGUAUUUUAAUAGUGUUUCCACAUAUGCUGACGGUUUUAAAUGGGCAUUUUGCUUAUAUGAAACGCCACUGUUGUCAAACAUAUGAGUAGAAUAUUUGCUUUUGCAAGUUUGAAAGGCAUAAUCCUCUAGCAUGCAGUCCAUAUCUUCUUGGGUAUUGAAAUGGUUCCCUGAUUAUAAUCUGGAGGUUAGCUCAGAUGUUCAGAUUUGUCCAAGGCAAGAACCCUAAAGGCAAGGCCAACAUUUUGCACGCCAUUCACUUAUGAUUGGAUUAGGUGCUGGGAUAAACCAAGGUUUUAUCUUGGCUCCAUAAAUAUAGAGAGAAUGGACAGUCAAUGUACAUCCUUCAUGCAGUGCUCUAAUGCCCAGUUGUUCUUGAUGUUAACACACAUAAUCUCUUCUUGUACUAUGGCAGGGAUGUCCAACUCCCAAGAGACUGCGAUCUACUUAUAGAAUAAAAAACUGGCAGUGAUCUACCCCUUUUUGGGGAGUUCAAGGUUCAAGUCAAAGUUGUUGAGCUUUUUUAGGGAGGAAAGUACAGUGGACAUGAUCCAUUCCGGGGUGCCAUUUGCACCCCGAAAAGUCCACAACUAGAGCGGUGCUUCUGUGCAAGCGCGGAGUGAAAUAGAGCGCUUCUGCGCAUGUGCAAAGCACACAGAAUGCUUCUGCUCAUGCGCGAAGCACGCAGAACGCUUCUACGCACACGCGCGCGCGGUGAAACCCUGUUCAUGGCCCCAGCAGAAGCUGCAUGCUAGUUUAACUCCUUGUUUCCAGAUGCAAGCCUUUAGGCUUGGCUUUGCUCUGCAGUAAAUAGUUCAGACAUCUGUAGGUUUAAUUGGGAGAAGAGAAACAUAAAACCUAUAAAUGCCCAACUUCUGGAGCACCACUGAACCAGUAAAUCCUAGAUAGACCACCAACAGUCACAGUGAACAGUUCGAGAGUGACUGGAAUGCCUUUUCUUCUAAAUGUGCAAUUUACUCUGUGGGUUAUGAAUAUUUAAUUUUUUAAAAAAAUCAGUUCUAUCAUUCAUGCAGCUCUGAAAUUAAUUUAGCCUUCUUUUGUCAUUUCCCUACCCUUUGUGAAGCUGCUUCUUGGCCACCAGAGCCAGCUGAGGGAAGAACUGCAUUUUAUUCUUUUGGUAAAGGCAAGCACUUUUCCAUUGCACAUGUCUUCUAUUUAGCGUAUGGGGACAAGUUAGUGCAGAAUGCGGUUGUUAGGCUCAUAACUGGGGCAGCGCAGUGGAACCAUGUGUCGCCAGUCCUGAAAAUGACACACUGGCUGGCAGAGAGCUACCAGGCCAAACUGAAUGUGUUAGUACUAGCAUAUCAAGUCCUAAAUCAGGUAUAGGCCAACUUGGCCCUCCAGAUGUUUUGGGACUACUACUCCCAUCAUCCCUAGCGGGCAGGAUCAGUGGUCAGGGAUGAUGGGAAUUGUAGUCCCAAAACAUCUGGAGGGCCGAGUUUGCCUAUGCCUGUCCUAAGUGGCUUGAAACUUGAGUACCUCAAAGAGAGCCUCCUGCAGUAUCAACCAUCUAUGACCCUAUGAUCAAGAGAUGAAACCUUAUUGGUGGUGGUGCUAUUGGUAACUGCCCAGUUGGCAGUGACUUGUGGUAGUAGUGCCUUUUCAGUGGUGGUUCCCUGUUUGUGGAAUGCCUUCCCUAGUGAGGUGUCAUUAUUGACUUUAUUUUGGGAGAGGGAAUUAAAACAUCAUUGUUUACUCAGGCAUUUGAUGGCUGGAGGACACUGUUCCUGGUAGCCCCAAGAUCACUGGUUGCGAAUGCUUUUUCAUAGUUUCAAAGAGUGUUUUAAAACUGUUCUUGGUUGUAGCUCUUUCUAAACAUUUUACCAUUACUUGGGCUCCUUCAGGAGGAAGGGCAGGAUAUAAAUCGAAUAAUAUAUAUUUGCAUACAUAAUGAAGUUAUAUGGAGUCUCAGCUGUGGGAACCCUUUGCUGCGCAUUAAACUGAAAACUCUUUAAAUACUUGCUGGGUAGCAGAGCCACACAUGGAGAGGAAAAGAGCACCUCCUGAGAGGACAAUUAAUUGUCAGUCUAUGAAUAGUUAGACUGACAUUUUAAAAUGGCAGAUAAAAGGAUAAUUGCUGGCUGAUAUUGGAUGGGAAUUCAAUUUGGCAGUGGAAUAUAAUUUGGAACACAUCUAGUCAAAUGGCAUACAUUAUACUUUCCUACCAGAAUACAGACAUUUUUGUAACUAAAUUACCAAAAUGCAAUAAUGUCUGUUUAAAAUUCAAAUACUGUAGUGCACAGCAGUAAUGUUUUUGGCAAUUGGUGUUUUUUUAAAAUACAUAAAAAGUGAUGGCAGCAAAAAUGAUAAACAGUUGUUCUUUAUUUAUUUAUCCUGCCUGUCCCCUCAGAGUUGGAAGUUGAAAAGCUUUGCUGGGAAAAAUCAACCUAUGGAGAGAUGGUUUAAAAGCCUCUUCCUCCCACUGAACAUUCAAGGAAUGUUCCGUGGCAAGUGCAUUUAUGCAUACGCAAGAAAGGCCUUUGGGAGGUUGGAACUGCACAUGACUCGCUUUCAUGAUUGCAAGAGACAUUCUAGCUGUGAUUGCAAAUAAUAAUAAUAAUAAUAAUAAUAAUAAUAAUAAGCUAGUAUCCUGACUGUAAAAUGACAAGACUACUGCAGAAACUGAGAAGUUUCUUGGGAAAUGAUUCAGCAUUGAAUAGAAUUAUUGGAACUCUUAGGGAAAAUGUCUCUCCGCUUCUGAACUGUGGUUUAGUUUAAAGAUGGUUUUGGUCACAUGGGUUGUGUGUGUUUCUUGCUCAGUUGCUCAAUUGUGUAUUACUUUCUUUGCUUUCACAUAUUGUUACAACUGUUAUUUUAUAGCCCAGACCAACAGGGGCAGCAGGAAUCAUGAGAGAAGUGAAUACCAGCUUCCUGGUUUUUCCCAUAUUGUAGUUUUUUUACAUAGCGCACAUACACACGUUGUGAUAUAUCUCCAUGUCAAAUAUUAUGAAAACAUUAUCGCUUUGUGGAUUUCAAACUGAUUUUGGACGAUGUGUCGAUAUAUCGCCUAGCCCUAGUGGGAUUACAGUGGUACCUUUGGUUAAGAACUUAAUUUGUUCCAGAGGUCCGUUCUUAACCUGAAACUGUUCUUAACCUGAGGUAUCACUUUAGCUAAUGGGGCCUCCUGCUGCCGCUGCAUCGCUGCCGCUCGAUUUCUGUUCUCAUCCUGAAGUAAAGUUCUUAACCCGAGUUACUACUUCCGGGUUAGCAGAGUCUGUAACCUGAAGCAUUUGUAACCCAAGGUACCACUGUAUUGUUUAGUUUUUUAAGCUGGGUCAUGCCAGUGCAAGUACAGUGGUACCUUGGGUUACAAACGCUUCAGGUUACAUAAGUGUUUUCUGCUAACCCAGAAAAAGUACUUUGGGUUAAGAACUUUGCUUCAGUAUGAGUACAGAAAUCGCGCGGCGGCGGUGCAGUGGCAGCAGGAGGCCCCAUUAGCUAAAGUGGUACCUCAGGUUAAGAACAGUUUCAGGUUAAGAACGGACCUCCAGAACAAAUUAAGUUCUUAACCCGAGGUACCAAUGUAGAUAAAUAGGUACCACUGCAGCAGGAAGGUAAACGGCAUUUCUGUGCACUCUGGUUUCCGUCAGAGUGUUCCGUUGCGCCAGAUGCGGCAUAGUCAUGUUGGCCGCAUGAUCUGGAAAGCUGUCUGUGGACAAACACCGGCUCUCUCAGCCUGAAGUGAGAUGAGUGUCACACCCCAUAGUCGCCUUUGACUGGACUUAACUGUCCAGGGGUCCUUUACUUUUUCCUUUAUUGGUUUUUUUUUUAGCUGGGUCAUUGUGUAUGAUGUUUCUAGGUAACCUUAGAGCAGCCGUCCUUACUUGUUGCCCUCCGUACAUUGUUUGGAUAGACAGCUUCCACAAGACAUGGACUACUAUUUAUUUAUUUAACAAAACUGGUAUGCCACUUUAUAAUAGCAUCAACUGUUGUCUAAGCAGUUUACGAAAAACAGUAUAGAAUAUUCAUAAGAAAGUACUGAUAGAAUCAACAGACUUAAAAAACAAAUGUGCACAAUAAAGUUCCAUAUCUUGAGUAGGAUGGCUUAAAAAAUAUUAUUAUUAUUUUAGCAGGUAUUGGAAAUGGCAAAGGGACCUGUCUAAUACUAAAUAGGAAGGGAGUUCCAGAGAAAUUGUGCUGGCACACCAAAAGAUGGAUUUCUUACAAGUGAUUUCUUACAUGAACAUGAUAUGGCGUUUGUCAAAGUGUCAUUUCUGCAGAUGGAAGCAGGAGAGUGGCCGCAUGUGGCUUUAGGCAGUCUUUCAAGUCAGCUGCUGAGGGUUUUGUAUGCUAAUAGAACACCUUGAGUUUGACCUAGUAACAAGUCGGCAGCCAGUGCAGCAGGAGUGUAAUACUCAAAAGCUUGCCCACUAUUUUGUGGUAUUGGUUGGCCUAAUGUAUUGGGAUGGGGGAGCUGGGGCAUCUGGCAAUCAAUGUGUCACUUUAGUUCCAGAUAGUACAUGGGUAGAUGACUCUUAAAAAGCCCGGGACACAAAUUUUAACAGCCCUCUAGCGGCCAUGGUGGCUCAUUCACCAGAAGCAACAUAUUGAGCGUUAACUCUGGAUUCUGGAACUAAGCCUCCUGAUGUAUGUUGUGCUCUAGGAGGCUUAGCUUGGUCAUAAUCGUGUAUACAGAGUCGCUUCAGAGCCAAACAGAAUUAGAUAAUGAAUAUCAGUAAAUGGAAUUCAGGUUGGAAGCUUUGCACAUCUGGUAGGAAAAAUUGAUGUGCUGCAAUAAAAUUGCUCAGGCGUUCUUAAUUGUCUGCUUCACAGUUCCUGGUGAUAUUGGUAGGACUUUAGAAAUAGAGUUAGGUUAAAUUAAUGGUUCACCGAACAGAAUUUUGAGCAGGGGAGAGCACAAAAAAUAGAGAGGCUAGGACUAUGAGUAAGACUUGGUGACUUGAUGUUUCCGUGAAUGCUUUUCUGCAUCUAGAACCCAUGCUUUUGUUAAUUCAGAUUAAGGAAACAGAGCUACCACAGAGUAUACAUUGCACAGUAUUGCUAGGCAGACCUAGAUUUCAGGAUAGGUAAUUAAGUGGUAAAUUGUGAUCAUUCGACUGUCAUCCAUAAGGAGCAUCUUGAGGGGAAGCAAACUGGGCAAACCAGCUUGCUGUAGAAGGAAACCCUUUGGAGGUCCGUGGUUGUAACAAACCUAGAUUCUAGUCACAGUGGUGAGCUUCAUUUUUCCACAAAAGGCUUCUAACAAGGAUGUAUGAAAGCUAACAGUGAGAGGAUGCUACAUAAUAAUAAUAAUAAUAAAUUUUAUUUAUAUCCCGCCCUCCCCAGCCGAAGCCGGGCUCAGGGCGGCUAACAACAAUAAAACAGUACAAAAGUACAGCAUAAACAACAGUCUAAAAUCAUUCGUUAUAAAAUUAAUUAAUUCAAGCCACUGGCAACCAUUGGGCCAGAGCUCCGCGAAGAUUGCCGAGGGAGGGAGUCAGGCUGUGCCCUGGCCAAAGGCCUGGUGGAACAGCUCUGUCUUGCAGGCCCUGCGGAAAGAUGUCGAGUCCCGCAGGGCCCUGGUCUCUUGUGACAGAGUGUUCCACCAGAUCGGAGCCACAGCCGAAAAGCCCUGGCUCUAUUUGAGGCCAGCCUACCUUCUCUGGGGCCUGGGACCUACAAUAUGUUUUUAUACGAAGCCCGUAAGUUUCUCGGUGGGGAAUACCAGAGAGGCGGUCCCGUAGGGUACAAGGGUCCUAGGCCGUAUAGGGCUUUAAAGGUUAAAACCAGCACCUUAAACCUGAUCCUGUACUCCACCGGGAGCCAGUGCAGCUGGUAUAGCACCGGGUGAAUGUGAUCUCGCAGCGAAGACCUCGUAAGGAAUCUCGCUGCAGCAUUCUGCACCCGCUGGAGUUUCUGGGUCAGUCUCAGGGGCAGCCCCACGUAGAGCGAGUUACAAUAAUCCAGUCUGGAGGUGACCGUCGCAUGGAUCACAGUGGCUAGGUCAGGGCGAGAGAGGUAAGGAGCCAACUGCUUAGCUUGGCGGAGAUGGAAAAAUGCCGCCUUUGUUAUAGCUGCAAUCUGCGCCUCCAUGGAAAGGGAGGCGUCGAAGAUUACACCCAAACUCUUAACGGACGGUGCUGGCACUAAUUGCGCCCCCGCAAGAGAUGGGAGUUGCCCCCCCAAUCCCAUAUCGCCCCGUCCCAGCCACAGGACCUCUGUCUUCGAAGGAUUUAGCUUCAACCGGCUCCCACGAAACCAUCCAGCCACAGCUUCCAAACAUCUAGUCAGUGUGUCUGGGGCCGAGUCAGGAUGGCCAUCCAUCAACAGAUAGAGUUGGGUGUCAUCGGCAUACUGAUGGCAACCCAGCCCAAAACUCCGAACAAGCUGGGACGGGGCGCAUAAAGAUGUUGAAAAGCAUCGGGGAGAGUAUCGCACCCUGAGGUACUCCACACACCAAGGAGUGGCGCGAUGACAAUUCCCCCCCAAGCGCCACCCUCUGUCCCCGACCAGAGAGAAACGAGCGCAGCCAUUGAAGGACUGUGCCCUGGAUCCCCACGUCGGCAAGGCGGUGGUCUAGAAGUUCGUGAUCGACCAUGUCGAAAGCUGCUGACAGAUCUAGAAGAAUCAGCAGCCCCGACCCGCCUCGAUCCAGCUGUCUACGAAGAUCAUCUGUUAGGGCAACCAGAGCCGUCUCGGUCCCAUGACCAGUGCGGAAGCCGGACUGGAAUGGAUCCAGAGCCGAUGUUUCAUCCAGAAAACCACCAAGCUGUUCAGCAACCGCUCUCUCAAUCACCUUACCCAGGAACGGAAGAUUCGAAACCGGGCGGUAAUUGGAUAGAUCUAAAGGAUCUAAUGAUGUUUUCUUUAAGAGCGGGCGCACCACUGCCUCCUUCAGUUCCCCUGGGAAUGUCCCGUGCCAAGGGACAAAUUGAUGAUAUCCCCAGGAGGGCCCGCACCUCGUCUGGACACGCUCUAAUCAGCCAAGACGGGCACGGGUCGAGAGGACAGGUGGUGGGCUUUCCAGCUCGGAGGAGUCUGUCCACAUCGGCUGGGGAUAUCCGGUCGAAGUGGUCCAAUACUGGACCCGAGGACAGUCGAGGGGCCUCCAGUUCCUUUAUUGUAUCCAAAUUGGCCGGGAGGUCAUGGCGGAGCAAGAAGACCUUCUCCGCCAAAAAGCUCGCAAAUGCCUCACAGCUGUGUGUCAAAUUGUUAUUUAAAUUUGGCUGUCCCUCAAGGGACGUUAAAGACCUGAUUAUACUAAAUAAUUGCGCCGGGCGAGAGCUUGCGGAUGCAAUGGAGGCCGAGAAGUAUGACUUCUUAGCAGCCUUCACCGCCAUCUCGUGGAAUUAAAGGGCUUCCUGAGUAAUCUUUCUAAUGUAAAGUGUCACAUUUUUUGUGAUUCUUUUAAAGAUCAGUGAUAUAAGGAGUGAAUGGUGGGGAGAAAGAGAGUGAUUAGGUAUUAGGUGUGUUCAGUUACUACAGUGUUAACAAGGGACACGGGUGGCAUUGAGGUCUAAACGACUGAGCCUCUUGGGCUUGCCGAUCAGAAGGUUGGCGGUUCAAAUCCCCGUAAUGGGGUGAGCUCCCAUUGCUUAGUCUCAGCUCCUGCCAACAUAGCAGUUCGAAAGCAUGCCAGUGCAAGUUGAUAAAUAGGUACCGCUGCGGCAGGAAGGUAAAUGGCGUUUCCGUAUGCUCUGGCUUACGUCACGGUGUUCUGUUGUGCAGAAACUGGGUUAGUCAUGCUGGCCACACAACCCGGAAAGCUGUCUGUGGACAAACGCCGGCUCCCUCGGCCUGAAAGCGAUGUAAGUGCCCACAACCCCAUAGUCACCUUUGACUGGACUUAACCGUCCAGGGGUCCUUUACCUUACUUUACCUUACAGUGUUUAAUAACUUUACUAAAAGUUGCAAUCCUAUAAACACUUUGUUGGGUGGAAGUAAGUGCCUUUGAAUUCAACAGGUCUGUCUUUUGAGGAGAAAUGUAUAGGAUUGCACUUUGAAGCUUCAAUUAAUUUAAAAGUUGCACCUGUUUGAUUAGGCAACAGAUUAAAAAGAAAGCACAUUGCUGUAUUUUUUUAAUGCAAGUGCUUAUAAAAGCUGCUGGUGACAAGCUCUAUCUAUUCUUAAGAAGUAUUCCCUCCACCUUUUGUCCUACAGGACUGCUGUGUCAAGAGAAGUGUUUGAAACUCCCAUUGUUCUAGGCGCAUUUUGCGACAGGGAAUUUCAUUAGUGUGAGCAGUUUCUGAGCUCUGGAUGCAGUACUGCACCUAAAAUUUCAGAUUAAAACUGCAGAGUGGAAGGAAAGGAGGACCUUUUUCUGCCUCCCCACUUCCAGCUACUCUCUGAAGACUGGAGAAGAGACCCUCUUAAGAAUAUUAGGGGGGGGGCAGGGGAAGGACUAGACCAUGUGAAAACUGCAGUUCAUUCAUUUUCAGCUUUGUAUUCUUGUUAUAUUGGGACGCGGGUGGCGCUGUGGGUUAAACCACAGAGCCUAGAACUUGCCGAUCCGAAGGUCGGUGGUUCGAAUCCCCGCGACGGGGUGAGCUCCCGCUGCCAACCUAGCAGUUCGAAAGCACGUCAAAGUGCAAGUAGAUAAAUAGGUACCGCUCCGGCGGGAAGGUAAACGGCGUUUGCGUGUGCUGCUCUGGUUCGCCAGAAGCGGCUUAGUCAUGCUGGCCACAUGACCCGGAAGCUGUACGCCGGCUCCCUCGGCCAAUAAAGCGAGAUGAGCGCCGCAACCCCAGAAUCGGUCACGACUGGACCUAAUGGUCAGGGGUCCCUUUACCUUUAUCUAUUCUUGUUAUAAAAAAAGCACACCUAGACAUUCCGUUGUUGCGCCCACAACCUAGGUUUAAGGUACCAUUUAGCUCCUAGCUUUCAUCUCAGUUUCUAACACUGGUCAAGAGAUUGUUGGUAUCUGUUAACUGAUACUAUGCAGUGGGUUGAUGACAUCAAAAGGUAAUUGUGAUGGUACGCCAACAAACAACCUACUACACAGUUUUAACUGUCUCUGUGAUGACCACCUUCCAACAACCCUGGGCUCUGGGUGUGUGUGAGAAGCAGGAUCUUGGUGCCAAGGCCUGGACACUUGACCUAUGCCUUUUCACUAGACCACCUGUAUGGUCCCUAUGUGCACAAAAACUGUUUGAAACCUGAGAAUAGUAGGGUUUCCAUGCUGUAGUUUGUAUGUGCAUAAGGACCACACAGGUGGUCUAGUAAAUGUGUUUAGUUUGUGAUGGGUUUAGACUUGCCUCCCCAGGUUUACUGUACAGGAAAAGGCAUUGUGAACUUGUGAAGAAACCUGUUUGAAUUGAUGUGUGUAGCACAGAGAGCUAACAUUUAUGAGCUUUUAGUGAUUUCACGGUCUGUGCGUCAGAUUUUAGCAUACAGGUUUAGAGAUGGUGUUUUAACCGAUUUUUUUUUUUUUAAAAAGAGUCUCUUGCAAUUUAAAUAGGUGAUCUUAUUCCUGUAUGAUGCCACUGAAAGGAGUAAUUUCACAUUUUUAUGAUAAUUGUUACAUGGCUUGCUGGAGGAAGAAGGAUUACUCUUGUGUGCUGAUAACCUGAGAAGUGGUUUUACAUUGCCUCCUUAUGGUUUCUAAUAUAUUUGUACAGAUUCUUAUUUCACAUAUUUCAGUUUGUCACUAGAUAAUUUGUUUAAACCUAUUUUGGAAGAGAUUAGGGUAGUCAUGUGUAUUUUAUCCACAUGUCUUUUCCUUCUCCAUUUUACAGCCCACAUUGAGUUUGAACAGGACUUUCCUUACCAAUGACCUCAGUUCAGGAUCUGAUAAGCCCAGAAAUGAUACAGAUAAGGCGGGUUCAGCGCUCGCCCACCUGUCCAUCCAACCUCUGCUGAAAAACCUCCAAGGAAGGAGAGUCCACAACCUCCCAAGGGAGACCAUUCCACUGUCGAACAGCUCUUACUGUCAGAAAGUUCUUUCUGAUGUUUAGUUGGAAUCUCUUUUCUUGUAACUUGAAGCCAUUGGUUCCAGUACUAACUACCCUCCAGAGCAGGAGAAAACAAGCAUGCUCCCUCUUCCACAAGACAGCCCUUGAAGUAUUUGAUUGUCUGAACAUGGCCAGUAUCAGCAUUUGCACUCUUUUGAGCCUUCCAGUUGAUCAAGGCAGAAGCUUCUGAAAUACAAUGCAACCCUUGUUUUAUUUUGGAUUGCUUCCAUUUUCUGAGUUCAAAGAUUGCUUUCCCCUUCGUGUGGGCCUCAUGCCAGGCAUUUUUGUCUGAGGAGCCUUCCUUAGCAAGUGUAAAUUGGGACUAAUAAGAAGGAGAAAAGCAUUCCAAGAUGUAGAGAAUUGUAAUGAAACCUUCCCCUCCCUCCUCCUAUUUAAAAAAAAACAAGGGGUAAAGAACAAAUUAAAGUCAUAAUGCACUUCACUGAACAUUUCAAGCAGGAUGGGUGGUGGCAGGGUUGUCCAGACAAGCCUGCGAAAUUGGUUUGGAAAGAACUACUUGAAUACCUGUAAGCUCUCUCUACUGUUGCUGAGAGUAUUCAUGUGCAUCUGACAGAAUUAGCAGCGAAAAUAGGGACUAUCUCCCUUGUUUAGUGGCUGUUCUCUAGGUGUUAAUUAGCACGGUUCAUUUUAAUGAGAACAUUUGCCACCUAAUUCCUGCUGAUACUUUUAUUGGGAACUAAAUUUUAAAAUAUGCAAAGCAUAUUUGCACAGUCUCAGUAAAGGUGGCAAGAAAUUUAGAACAUUAAAUUAUAUAUUAAAAAAAGGUUAACCGUAAUAAUAAGAAAGUGCUACCAUCCGAAAUUAAAACUUGGCUCAUGAGAACAUUAACUGUGAAGUGAAAUCGGUAUGGUUUUGCCAAAUAAAAUUCAAUACAGCAUUUGCUAUAAAAAAGAUUUACAUUUUUUACAAAGACAUAAAUCUGAUGAUAGCAGAUUAAGAGCAUUUUGGUAACCCUGUCCUUUUUUUUCUUAAUGAAUUACUCACUCACCCCAAACCGAACUAUCAUUAUGGAACACCUUCAAGAAAGUUAUUUUUUAAAAAUUUGAUAAUCAGAGAAAUAUCUUAAAAUAUUAAUUACUAUACUGUAUUGCUUCGCCUUUGUUUUAUGUUACAAUUCCAAUCAUCCAUGAUCUGUUCUGUUAGGUAGGGAUGAUGGGAGUUGAAGUCCAAAACAAUUAAAGACCCAAGUUUGGGAAGCCCUGAUUUAACUUGACUACAAUGACUACAUAAUUGACUAUAAUAUUAUGUUGUGUAUAUUUUGUUAAGGAAUAAAAUUGUUUUUUUAAAGUAUAUAGCUGGUGUAGUUUGAUCAUAGGGAAUUGUGAGCAACCUAAAGAACCCUACACCCUUGCCUUGGGCCUUUUAGUCAAUCUACAGUAGAGUGCUGCUACUCUACAUUCAGUAGGUGCUGGCAGGUGUCAGGGACUGUGCUGAGGAGGACUGCGCUGAGGAGGAAUGGUGGGAGCCUUUCCCUUCGCUUCCCUCCCCUCCCUGCUCCUGAAUCUUCCCAGGAGCAGGAGGAUAAUAUAGAUUUGGAACAGUGGUUUGCAGAGGGACAUAAUUCAGACGGCAGAAGCUAGGAAAUACUGGAUGGGGAACAGCUAGGAGAAGAAGCACUGAGGGGGGGAGAGCUAACAGAUUCACUGUCUCUGGAAAGCAUUCCUCCGCUCAGCCCAAGGACAAGAAGAGCUGAUAAGGUGGCAGAACAGAAAGCACAGAGCUUAUGAGCUUUUUUCCAAACUAUAGUCCGGUCCCAACAGUGUCUGAGGGACAGUGAACUGGCCCCCUGUUAAAAAUGUUUGAGGAUCCCUGUUCUAGAGGCUGUCACAGGGCUGUUUCACAUGCUAAGGAGGUUCUUACAUGGAAGUCAAGGCCUCUCUGAAUACAGUUGGAUUGUUCUUUUAUAAAUAGGACCUAAAUAAUAAAUCCUUAAGCCAGUUUGACAAUGUUGUUUUCGUGGAUAGGAUUCCCACUGUGUUUAUGCUGCAAAAUUUUGAUCUUCUACUCUGCUGCAGAUUUCCCAGGAGCCUUCCAAAUGUCUGCAUCACAGAGAAUUGAAGCUAUUUUAACUUGCCAGUAUCUCUUUGAUCAAUUAAUAGCGUUAGAAAUGAAUCUGUCUCAUCGUACUCCUAUUAGCAUUGGGACUUUUCCCAGAGUAGCAGCUGCUGGUUGAAAUACGUUGCAGCAGGAACCUUGCCAUAUUUCACAUUCUUUGACUUCUCUUUGGGGGAGUCCUGUGUUAGGAGUGGGGAAAUCCACUGUGGUUUCAGCUUUCAUGUUUGUCUUUCGGUUUUCAUUUCUUAUCGCUUAGCAAGAAUGUUAUGUUGGCUUAACCAUCUUGUAGUUCUGGGAUCUUUAAUUGGAUGCUGCUAUACAAGUUCUUUUAAAAUAAGAGCUAAUUUCCUGAAAGAGGCAAAUUAGCUUUGAUUUCCUCCCCCUCUCCCCACAUGCUCAAAAGGGUAUUUAUGAGUCGAAAACACUUUCUGUGUCACUAAAUCAGCAAGGUUAAUGGACAUUGAGUGAACCAUAUAUGCAGUAAAUCUAUGAGUACAUUCCACUACAUUAAUACUGGAGUUUUAAAAAAAAAUAUGAAUUAUAUUCAGUGACUGACAGUCUUGGCAGUGUGGAAGAUUAUAAAGCCAGUGCAAUGUUACAUUUUGUGGCAUGUAGCAGUAAUAUGUUGGAGGCCAGGAAAUUGUUCCCCAUGCUUAUAGCUCCAGGCAGCUUAGGUUAAUUGUUCCGAGCUAAGCUUUUCCACACUGAUAUGCUUUUCAGAUGGGUUCUAAUGUUGGGAUGGAUUUUAAGGGCUCCGUAAACUUGUGUUAGAAUUUAACUGAAAGGCAAGACUUUGAAACCCACACACAGUACUGGUGUAAGACCUAAAAGGUGAUACUAAAAAGCAUGGGCAAAUAAAUUGUUAUUCCCAUAGUAUCAAAAGGACACUAAAGUUAUUCGGCGGUUGAACAGACUCCCACAAGAGGUGGUGGACCACGGGUCAGCAAACGUUUUCAGCAGGGGGGCCGGUCCACUGUCCCUCAGACCUUGUGGGGGGCCAGACUAUAAUUUAUGGGGGAAAUGAAUGAUUGAGAAGGUGAUUGGGCUAGAUCCGGCCCCCGGGCUUUAGUAGGCCUACCCAUGUGGUGGAGUCUCCUUUUCUGGAGGGUUUUCAGGAGAGAUGGGAUGGCCAUCUGUCCUGGAUGCUUUCGUUGAGAUAACUGCUGCUGAAUGUUGAACUAGAUGACUCUUCCCUUCUAUCUCAGCAAUGCUAUGAUUCCGUGAAGCUUUCAAGGCUUCUUGAUGAAAAUCUUGGAAAUAAUAGUGUUACGCUCCCAUUGGAAUCCCCCUCCCCCCACGUCUAAAGUUGUUUUUGGCAUGCAUAGAGGAAAUUCCUUCAUUUUAUUUGUAAGAUUUUUUUAGCCGCCAUAGGGUCACAGGGUGAGUUACAACAACAUAAUCAUACAAGUAAAACAAUUCCAAACAAAGCUAGCAUAGUGUAGGUUAAACAAAGCAGAAGAGCUAGGUCUCAGAAAAACACCUUAGCUGUCAAAGCCAAGGUAAAGUGUACAGCAGAAGAUAUAAAAGGGGGGGGCAUGGUCCAGAAGUUCCCAGGAGCACCAGGUAGGACUGGAAGAGAAAUCUCUCUGAAAUCUUGGAGAGUCACUGCCAGUCAGUGCAGAUAUUACCAAUAUGGAUCAGUAGUUUGACUGUAUGUAAAGCACCUUUCUGUAAAGGUGUUUGAUACACCUCUGUGGAAAGGGAGUUGCACAACUUAAAGACUACCACAGGGAGAGCCCUUCUCCCAAGCUACCAUUCCCUGAAUUUUUGGGGGUGAUGGAACUUCCACAUCUGACUUGGUUUUAUCUGCAUGUAUUGGUGUGGGUUGUUUCCAGCUUUCAAUCUUAUGUUUUUUUGCAGAUUUGGUAAUAGAAAUGGCCAAAGGUUGUACCCAUGGAUACUAUGCUUCACAGGAUUUGUAAUAUGUCACCUCAUGUUUGGGAGUGAUUGUGGAAAGGAAAAUGCCCAAUUCACCUGUGUAAACAUUGAAUUGGUUGCAGUAGAUAUAGCUUUACUCUUUAAAAAGUCAGAACAGGGAUUUGUUUGGAUUUGAACAGCUGUUUGGAUUUGUUGUAUGAUCACAUUCCAUCCAAACAAAUAUUUAAGACAUCCUUUUGUAGAACAGAUUGGCAUUAGAGUUUUGAAGUGUGUCAAUAGAACAUUAUUAUAAUUUAAUUUUAUUUAUUAAAUUUUUAUCCCACUGUUAACCCCUCAGUGCCUAGGACUUGCCGAUCGUAUGGUCGGCGGUUCGAAUCCCCGUGGCGGGGUGAGCUCCUGGCGUUCGGUUCCCAGCUCCUGCCCACCUAGCAGUUCGAAAGCACUCUUAAGUGCAAGUAGAUAAAUAGGUACCGCUUUAUAGUAGGAAGGUAAACGGCGUUUCUGUGUGCGGCGCUGGUGCUGGCUCGCCAGCUGCAGCUUCGCCACGCUGGCCACGUGACCCGGAAGUGUCUUCGGAUGGCGCUGGCUCACGGCCUCUAGAGCGAGAUGAGCAUGCAACCCUAGAGUCGGACACGACUGGCCCAUAUGGGCAGGGGUACCUUUACCUUUAACCCCAAAGGAGUCCAGGGCAACAAACAACAAAACUGCAAAAGAAUACAAUUAAAAGGGGGAAAAACAUUUAGAAACAGUCACAUAUUCUCUCAGCUAAUAUUUUCAAGGUUUUAAAAGUAGGGCUGAUAAUAAUGCCAAUAUAUUUCACAUCUGACAAACCAAUGUACCUCUUUGGUUUCAGAUAGCAGCACAUGGGUAGAGAGUAAAAAACCCAGGACACAAAUUUUCACAGCCUUCUAGCGGCUAUGAUAGCUCAUUUACCAGAAGUAAUGUCUUUAGUGUUAACUCUGGAAGUGUAUACUCGAUUCUGACCAAACCAAGCCUCCUAGAGCACAAUAUACAUCAGUUUGUUUUACUUCUACUUCUUUGUUUGUGUUUCACAACCUCUGUGUAGUCUUGGUCCUUCUCAGUUGCAAUGAUCAAGGCACCUACAAACUCCAAAACAUAAAGUACGGGUAUGUAGUUUCUCAAGGGUUUGCUUUAUGUGGCUCUGCCAAGAAAGCACUGGAGUUUACCAUACGUUCAAACCAGGGCCGUCUUUAGCAUAUGCGCCACCGGGGUGCAAAGAUCCGCCCAGCACCCCUUUUUUUAAGGGAGGCGAACUCAAAGUUGUUGUUGAGCUUUUUUUGGGAGGGGGGUGAUCACUCACACAUGCUUUUGUUUGAUGGUACAGAGUAAGAGAAUGAUGGAGGAGGGGAGAUGGGGACUUCAUUGCUUUUCACUGCCGCCGAUCGAAAGGGCAUUUGGCGCCCCUCAGAGUUUGGUGCCCGGGUGCAUCGCACUCCUGGAAGAGAUGGCCCUGGUUCAAACAUCACUUCUGUGGCUGAAAUCUUAUCUCAAAGUUCCUUUUAAGAAAUGGGGGGGGGGGGGGAUGAAGUUACUUUAUCGGACUUGAAAACUUCUUUUGAAUUACUAGCUACUAAUCAUCCAAUACAGAAGUGCUUGUCUUUGUACAAAACUACAAUUGUUUGGGUCUUCUCUUUCUCCCUUUCCCCUUGCUCUCAUGUGUCUAGGAAUGACCUGCUGAUGGUUUGCCGCCAACUGAACAUGGAGGAUUCUGUGGCUGAGAUCAUGCAUCAACUUGGCGCAGAUGAAAGUGGGAAGAUUUCCUUUCAGGAAUUCACACGAUGCCGCAUGCAGCUUGUGCGAGAAAUCAGGAAGGAAGAAGUGGAACUCUCUGUGAAAUCAGAUGACUCUUGCAAAAAGAAAACAUUAAGGGAUAGAAUAGCUUCCUGGCCAACAAGCAGCAAUAACAGUUUGGGUAAGUGUUGUUUCGUUAUGCCUCCAUUGUCUAAAAGUAAAGAUUACACAGAUACGGCCACCAUCGUGGUAUCAUCUAGUUCAGGCUUCCUCAACCUCGGCCCUCCAGACUACAAUUCCCAUCAUCCCUGACCACUGGUCCUGCUAGCUAGGGAUCAUGGGAGUUGUAGGCCAAAAAACAUGUGGAGGGGCAAGGUUGAGGAAGCCUGAUCUAGUUUAUUGGAGUAAAUCAUUUUCUUUCCGACAUGCUUAUUUUAGCAUCAUUUGUGGAGAUUGUGCAUGUAUUUUAAACUAUACAUAUUGGGAACACACUGCAAACUGCUGUGUGUAAAACAUUUUGCUAAACAUGGCUGUACAUUUAUUUCCUACGUCUAUGCACAGGUGUGCUUUGGAAAAUGUAUGAAGUGGUCGUCAAGAUCUCCCCAUUGAUACUUGCUUAGUUCUCAAGCUUAUGGUUCUGGCAAGUAGCAACAGCUUGUUUCUCUGCAUGAAAAUAGAGAGCUGGGAGAGAGGAUCUUAGGCUGCAUUUGUUUUGGGCAGCUAUGCCCCUAAUAGUUGUUUAUUGGUGUGUGUGUUUUUUAAAUAAAAUAAAAAAAACCUGCAGUUUUAGGACCAGAGUUAACACAAUCUCAUUUUGACUGAAGUUCCACAAAACCAGGAAAUUGAUGCCUUUAUAGAUGCACCAUGUGAUCAGCAGUGAUGCUGUACGUUGUCACAGACUGAUGUGGUGUUUUCCCCCUGUGAAGUUAGGCAAUGAUGUGUCCUUGCUUCCAUCUUAUUAAACUUCUUCUUGACUGAUCUUCCCACAAGUGUGGGUGCAAUAACUUCUCAUCCUCUUGCAAACCUUUUUAGAACUUAGAUGAUUGCUCACUUGAUUUGCAGAUUACUGUAGGAAAGAAUAUCUAACUAUGCAAAAUAAAAAGUUGCAUUUUUUUUAGAAGGCCAAGUGUUCCAAGACCAUGGAUAGCCACAAGUUAGAACAAGUUGAUUCCUGCGAGUAUCUCAGGAAUAACUUUCAUUACCAACUGGACUGUGCAGUGCAAAUUAGCACAUUCCGAACAAAAAUAUACACUAAUUGCAUUGCCUUGAUAUUUCUUCACAAAAAGCAGUAAAUUCGUUGCAGCAGCCUAUGGGUGAACACAGCAAAGCAGUUGCAAAGCAGAAUUCGUAUGGAGCCUCAAUCUGGUUUUCUGGGCUUAAGUUUUCAUUAGGAACAGCUUGGUGUUUCUUUCUUGGAGCUAUACUGGGUACACCUAAAUGUGUUGCUAGUACUACCCUUAAUCAUGGAAGUCAGACUUAGCUCAUUAAAACUUGGAAUGGGUAUACUUUACUCACUCUGAAUCUGCUUUCCUGCCCCUCCUAUAUUUCUCUGUUUUAUCAGGCUUUGCUCAAUUCUUUUGUAUCUAUGUGGGAAAGAGAGUUAAUGGGGAAAGUUUCUGUUGCUGGUUUGUCUUCUUUUUAUCUGCUGUCUUUGUACCUAGUGCAAAUCUAUGGUUUAGAGAAUAAAAGAUACAGAUUUGAAAAAAGCUACAUGCAUCAGCUAAUGGACCACAUGCAGUACAGUCUGUCUUAGUCUGCCUCUAACAAAUUCAUAUCACACCUACAUUUUUCUGUAGUUACCUAAGUACAGAAUAGCAGUUUUGUUGGCACAUUUUAACGUUUUGCCCUCUAAGAUCCUACUUAGCAAAUUAGCUAAACUUCUCUUUAAUGAUAGGUGCCAUCCUUGCAACUUACUAGAGCUUAAUAAAGUUUCUCCUGGCCGCUGAAUGCUGCACCAGAUUAAGUUUCCAAACCGGACUGAAGUUUAUUCGGAGGCAUCCCCACUUUUAAUGGGUUGCAGUAAUCUUACCUAGAGGUUUCCAGAGCAUAGACAACAGAUGUUAGGCUGUCUCUGUCCAGAUAUGGUGGCCCUGCCAAAGCUGAUGGGUGAGCGAUGGAUAGAGAAGUACUCUCAAGCUAUAUACCCUCUCAUUCAAAGGGAGCAAAGAUUGCAGCCUUGCGUUCAACCUGUGUAGGAUGUCAAAGUAGGGCACAUAACGUUAAGCAUUCCAUAAAUUUCUUUUUGGUGGAGAGGCCUUCUUAAUUCACAUCUUUUUCUGGAUGCCUUUUAAAAGGCCAUUAUGCGUGAAAACAUACUUUGUGCUGUGUAGGUAGUAUAGACUGUUAAGGGUUAUUUUAUAAUAACAAGAUGUGAUAUUUUGCAAUCUCUUAAAAAUUCCUUCAUUAAUAGAAAACAUAUGUUCUUAAAAAACCUGGUUUCUCAUGAAGUCUUAGCCUUUUAAUUACGUAUAUGACUGUAAGUAUUUUGCUAUCCUACUUGUAACUGUCUGAGUUCACAGAUCGGAUACUUGAUUAAUGAUACAGAAGAAUAUAAGCUUUUCUUAAUUUUAUAUUAGGUUAUAUAUAAAUAAGUAAAUGCAACUUUGUUAAGUGGGUAUUAGCUUCCUAGUAAGUUUACUUAGGGUUGCAGGUUUAGUUGCCACCAGGGUGGAUUUGAUUUAAAUCAAAUCAAUUUAAAUCAUGAUUUAAAUCACUAGUCAGUAAGACUUGAUUUAAAUCAUUUUUUGACAGAAAGACUCAUUCUUGCUGGUAUAUUCUUAAUAUUUACAACCAGAUGCAGGUUUCAUUUUUGGAAUAAUAAGUUUUCAGAGUAGUUUUUACAGUUAUAUGUACUGAUUUGGUUAUACUAUUAGAAAUAUUUAGACCGAUAAUUAUGAAAUUAUUGUGAGGUUUAAUAAGUUAACUGUUUAUAUUUGGACAACUUUUCUGCUGUACUUUAUUGGAAGGAGAAAAACAAUAAUUUCCUCAAUAACAAUUUAAACAGUUAAUUUAGCUAAAACAAUAACAUUAUAUCAUAUGUAUCCGUGUUUGUUAACUGAUGUGGUUAAACUUUUUUUAAAAAACAAACAAACCUUAGACUGAGUUUUAGCACACAUGAAAAACUUAAAACAAAUCCUUAUUUCUUAAUGAAUAACCUUUGGACUAUAAUGGAACUUAAAUAGAAAACUAUCUUUAGAAAGAUUUUUCCUCCAAAAGCAUUUUAUUUCAAAAAUCCAAUUUAAAUUUUAAAAAAUCUGAUUUAAAUAAAAAAACUGAUUUAAAUAAAAAAACUGAUUUAAAUUUUAAAAAACCCUUUUUUAAAAAAAAAACAACACAUUGAUUUUUAUCCACCCUGGUUGCCAGCCCUUGACAUGAUAGUUUUAUUAGAUUUGUAAUAUGAGAGUGAAUAAUGAAUUGAUCAAGGCCAGAAUCUUAAGCAUUAGGCCAUGAAUGGGGAACCUGUGACCCUUCCAAUGUUGCGGGACUACAUAUCCCAUCAUCCCUGAUCAUUGGCCAUGCUCGUUGAGAUGGAUGGAUGUUGGAAUCCAACAGUGUCUGGAGGGGCACAGGUUCCCCACCUCUACUUUAGGAGAUCAUUUAAACCAUUGUUUUCCAAACUUGGGUCUCCAUCUCUUUUUUGGACUACGAUUCCCACCAUUCCUAGCUAUUAGGACCAGUAGUCAGGGAUGAUGGGAAUUGUAGUCCAAAACAGCUAGACACCCAAGUCUGGGAAACACUGAUUUAAACCUAGAAUGAAAGAAACAGACCUAUUCCUUAGGCAAAGAUCCCAAGACGACCUGGCUGGUAGCCAGAUUCUGCGCCCAGAUUUGUAGGCACAGAUCACCCACUAGAAUAAAAUAGCUUACUAGGGAAAAGCUGAAGUCGUCCUUUGGGGCGCCUCAGGGUCAAUUUUUAUGGUAGCCGAAAUCUCAGUUGUACAGGUGUAUGUAUAUAUCUCAAUUUUAACUCAUGAGCUAUUGCUGCAAUCUGCUCUAAUUGUAUAUUUUAUCUUUAUGAACGCUGUCAUCAUUGUGUUAUGCGAGCUGGUCUUUGGCCGUAAUAAAUUAUCUAUCUAACACACCCAUGUCUUGUUCUUAUCUUGUUCUAAAUAAUUGCCUGCUAAAAGUAUGGUCUUUUUUUUGUAACUCAAUUUCAAACUAACUUUAUAAAUAAUUUUAUAAACUAUACACUUCAUUUGCCAAUUGUUUAAAAGCAUUGGUGAUAAUUUUGUAUCAAGAAUGUGAGCAAAAUUUACUUUGAAAUAAAAUUAUGCUUUUGUGCAAGUCUUUGUUUAAUGUUUAUGCUGAGGGAUGCAAUUGCAGUGAUAGAUGUUUACAGCUUGAACUGUGUCUAGCUACUGCCCUUUUUCUGAGGUGUGUGUCUAAUCCUGGUUACUUAAGUUGAAAAAUUCCAGAGAAACUGUGACUUAGUUCUCUAGAAUUAUGUUUCAUUAUGUAUGAGAUUGACACUGACUUUGCUGCUGUUCGUUGGUGAACUACACAGCUCUUUUCACCAGAGGGUUAACUGACAAGAUAGCAUUAGGGUGCCACCUACUGAAAAAAAGAAGACAAAACAGUCCUGAAAAUCUUUUGCACAGGUUGCAGGGCUGGGAGAGACGUGAUGGUGCAAAUGAGCUUUAAGAAUGGGGCAGGUAUAGAACGCAGGCCAUUGAAAGUAUCCAACGUGUUGAUAUUCCAUGACAGUCUGAAACUGUUCUGCUUGUAGAGAGUUAGCAUAUUGCUAAUGUUUGUCCAAUAGAAUUGAGCCAAAGGCUAAAAGUACCUAAUUUUGACUAGUUUGGAAAUGUGAUUUGCCAGAGUAUAUACUGAUCCCUCAAUGCAAAAAGUGACGUUACAGGGAACCAGGCAGAGGGCCGUCUCGGUAGUGGUACCCUCCCUAGGGAAUGCCCUCCCAUCAGAUGUUUAAGGAAAUUUCUAUUUCACUUUCACUUUUCUAUUUCACUUCACUAUUUCACUAUUGCUAUUUCUAUUUCACUUCACUAUUUCACUAUUUCACUUCUAUUUCACUUUUAGAAGGCAGCCUGUAUAGGGAAGUUUUUAAUGUUUGAUGUUUUAUUGUAUUUUUAAUAUUCUGUUGGGAGCCGCCCAGAGUGGCUGGGGCAACCCAAUCAGAUGGGUAGCUAACAACAACAACAACAAUGAUGUUGUAGCUCAGAACUCUACGCCCUCUUCUGCUUUAGAGUUUGGCUGUAAAAUUUCAUGGGCAUUUAGUUUUCAUGUUGGCCUUCUGAUGAUAUAAGAUUACGGCUCUUAUUACUAUGCACAGCACUCUCCAGAAUAAGCAUUUGUAGGUAAGUAAUACCUCUUUUUAGUGGAGCCAAGGGAUAAAAAGAAUAUUGGGAGUUCUCAUACAGAACAAACAUGCAAAUUGAUUUUAAGGCUUGUGGUCAUAACAGUAGAUUGACUUUUUAUGUGUAUUGGCACUGAAUUUGUAUUUCUAUUAUGUAUGCUUUAAAUGCCAUCGCUGGUGUUGUUGCACACCAUGCUGGGAUUAAUGUUAGCAAGUAGAUGUACUAUCCUCAGAGGGCUACCAUCGCCAACUAAGCUUUCCUCUGAGUAGACUGAAAUCGAAGGUCCUAAGUUAGUCAUUUCAGUGGAUCUGCUCUGUGCAGGACUAACAUUGGAUACAACCUGGGUUGGGAAUAAGCUUCCUUGAAGUGAGCAGUGUUUGCUUAAGAGUAAACAUGCAUCGAAUCGGGCACUCCUGUCUGUAAAUAGAUUAAGACAACAUGACUUUCCAAGGAACUACAGUGGUGCCUCGCAAGACGAAAUUAAUCCGUUCCGCGAGAGUCUUCGUCUAGCGGUUUUUUCGUCUUGCGAAGCAACCCUAUUAGCGGCUUAACGGAUUAGCGCUAUUAGCGGUUUAGCGGCUAUUAAAGGCUUAAAGGCUUAGGGAUUAGCUGCUAAAAGGCUAUUAAAGGCUAUUAAAGGCUUAGCAGAUUAGAUAAAGGGGGAAGCGGAAAAAAAUCUCUAGACUCGCAAGACAUUUUCGUCUUGCGAAGCAAGCCCAUAGGGAAAUUCGUCCUGUGAAGCAACUCAAAAACGGAAAACCCUUUCGUCUAGCGGGUUUUCCGUCUUGCGAGGCAUUCGUCUUGCGGGGCACCACUGUAUUUAUCUUAGUUGCAGAAGAGCAUUGGUGGGGAAAAGUGGCAGUCAUGUAAUACACAGAACAAUCUAACAUGAAGAACUUUGUGGUAAACAUGUUAACUGUGUUUUGCUCCAAGGUUUUACUGCAAUUAGCAUAAUGUCAAGAUAAAUGACCUAUUGUAAGAACUGUGCAUCCCAUUUUCCGUGUUCUCUGCAGCUGAUACGUGCAGUUUUCAUUAAAUUGUCUUGUGUGUGAGUAAUGGUGUAGGUCAGUCUUAAUUAAAUAGAAAGCAAAUGAUUUGUUGUGAGUCCCCUCCGAAACAGAUAUGCCAAUAUUGUAGCUUUGCUGGCAGUCACUAUUAUGUAGCUAGAAACAUAGCAGCUAUGCAGAAGAGGAAGCCGUAGACUAAGGGGCACACUGAGGUAUGCACAAACACAUAAAAUCUGUCGCGGGGGGACCCUAAGAGGAGAAAUCUCAAAAUUAGCUACUUGGGAACUAAAUGACAUGGAUUUUUGAGUGGGGGGGCCCACAAUUUUGAAAUAAAUUUGGCUUCUUUAUAAUAGAAUGUUUUCCCUUAAGCAGAAUCUGAUAAAAUUCGGACAUUUAUAUUGUUGCUCUGAUCUUUCAAGGCUUGCAUAAUAAAUUCUUAUGCAUUUUUAUUGUCUUAUGCAUCCUAUAAUUGCAUAAAAGGAAGAAUCGUAGCAUUUGUUCUCUAUAAAAGCUGUGAACUGGUCAUUAAUAAUGGGUGGGGUGGAGAAAAAAAGGGGGCAUCUCAAUUUGUAGGCUUCAGGUUUGUAAAUCUGUCACGUUUAUUGCCCCGGAAAGCAACUUUUCUGCAUGCAAAAGUUACCUAUAGAAUUGCCAGUGUUCUAGCUUUGAAAUACUUGCUUUCACUUGAAGUAUUUUUUAAAUUGGAGCUGGAAAUGGGAUUCCUGCCCUGAUAAUUCCUCCUACAGAAGCAGAAGUAAGUGGGGGAGAGGCAGCUGGCUGGAAGAGCAGGAGAGGUACUGGUAUUGGUUAACACCAAGCCUAGCGUUUCCCAAACUUGGAUCUCCAGCUGUUUUUGGACUACAGUUCCCAUCAUCCCUAGCAGCUGGCGACCCAAGUUUGGGAAACACUGGCCAAGCCCCUUACCCCCCUUGCAAAAGCAGCUGCUCUUGUUUCUGGGAUGUAUUUUCAUCAGGACUGGGCCCCACUGAGCCUGUAGACCAUCAGCCUGAGUGGCUGCAGCUGUUCAGGGUUCUCUCCCCAAACCAGCUCACCUGCACUGGUGUCUUUGGGUUAAAGCAAGGGCUCAGCCCCUUUUAUGGUUUUGUAGGCUUUGUGAGCAAUGUUUAUCUCCUUCUCUGGAGGUGAGAGACUGGAUGUGGUCUAGAUGUGGGUGCGAGGCAGGAGAGGAGUGUGGAAUUUUUGUGAGUCACACCUGGCUUUUGUUUUUGUAAAUGUCUCCUUGUGGAUGUUCCCCCAGACGCCGUCCUCUGCUGCAUUUCUAUGUCUUUGAGGUGGGUCAAAGAUGUUACGUGUUGGGGCCGGGGUCAAGGGCGGGAUGGGAGUGGGACUGGUAUCCGUUGGUGAGGAGGAGUCCAUCAGAACCCUUGCUCUUUCUGCUUCGCCCACUAUUUCAGGAUCUGGGGAUACUGGGCAGCCAACCCUCUGGCCUGGUGGUGGUGGUGUUGCUAAAUGCCUUAUCUGCCCAGAAUAAAACACCACUCAUCCAUUGUCAGGGUUGGAGCCAGGCUUAGGUCAGCAAAAUAAAACAAUAUGUCACCCAAGGCCAAUGAAGUUAACUGCUUAUUCAAGGAAACAAACCACAGCUUCAGCCUAGUGUUACCCUCUGCAACCUUUUCCAGGUCUUGCCCCAGUGAAGCAGUUGCGAAGACUGAAGGUCCUGGCCUUUCCAAUGUUCACUAGGACUCCUGUCCAGGGUCUUUCCCACACUGUGAUUAUUACUUCCAUUGUACAGUGGUACCUCGGGUUACAUACGCUUCAGGUUACAUACGCUUCAGGUUACAGACUCUGCUAACUCAGAAAUAGUACCUCUGGUUAAGAACUUUGCUUCAGGAUGAGAACAGAAAUCGUGCUCCGGCGGUACGGUGGCAGCAGGAGGCCCCAUUAGCUAAAGUGGUGCUUCAGGUUAAGAACAGUUUCAGGUUAAGUACGGACCUCCGGAAUGAAUUAAGUACUUAACCCGAGGUACCACUGUACUGUCUCCGUGUCCCUUCCCCCUGUACAUUGAAGCCAAUGAUAGGGCCGUGGAGGUUCAUGCUUGCCACAGGGUCAUUGCCUAUGCUUUGGGGCAAAGUUUCACCCUCCAUUUAUUUCAAAAAGUGCACAGUUUAAUGUUCAAGUUCCACUGGUUUCGGUGGAACUGGAAUUCUCUGAAUUCUCCUGAUUUGUGAUUCAUGGUUUUCUUUAGCGAUUUAAUCCUGUGUUAAACCUAUUCUUUACCUGAGUAUCUCAAAUAAAGUCUAGCAGCACAGUGCAUACUUUUCUUUUUUAGCAGUGCUCUGACAUACACUGGAUUUUACUGGUGUAUAGUUGAGAACUAUAAGCAUUAUAUUAGGAGAAGUCGCCAUUAUGCAUGACGUUAAUACAAAUUUUGGCAUUUAACUCCUGCUUUGGCUCAGUUCAGUGCACUGCAGCUGUUCUCUGAUUGUUCAGAUAUUGUUGUGAUUAAGUGGAGAUUUUGUGUAUCAUUUUUCUCAUAGAAGAUGCAGCUGGAAAUCUUACAAAACAAGGGUAUAGAAUGAUGAUUCCUUUAUAUUUAUCUUAUGGUAAAACAUAAAACAAUUACUGGUUUCUGGAAAAUAGUUUUCUUAUGUUUGCAUCCUAACUACCCUUAUCAGGUGCUAUAAGGAGCAUGUAUGCUCACCUAAGGUUCACAGGUCAAAACAAUAAGGUCACAGUGAAAUUUGCUUAAUAAUGAUUUCACUGUGACCUUGUUGUUUUGACAAAUCAUAGCAAGGUAGCUUAAAAUAAAAUACCAGCCUAAAAGCAGAGUUACCUUCUUAAAUACCAAAAAGAAGAAAGAAACCGAAAUAAAAGCCGUUCACUAGGCACUGAUUACAAAAUAACGGAAGUGCCAGAUUACCUGUAGAGGAAAUGCAGAUAUGAUAAUAGAGGGCAUCAUUGAAAAAGUCCUGUUUCCUGUCAUAAUUGAACUUCCUUUGGAAGUCAGAGUGACCCAGAACAGAGCAUUAGAGCCCAUUCUUAACACCCAGGUGGUUUCACACAAGGAAAACUGGUCCUUAAUGUACCAGUUACUUGGGGUCAAUAUCUGCACUUUGAAUUGUGCGUAGGAACAGAUGGGAAGGCAGCACAACACUUUGUGAACUGAAGAGAUGUGUUCCAUUUGUCUGAUUCCAAUUAAUCAACUUACUGAUGUGCUCUGCACUAAUUGCAUUUCUCCAGCAAGCAACACCAUGUACUCUGAAUGAGAUGCUAUCGGUGCAGAAAUAACUGCUGCUCUCUAGACCAUGGGUCAGCAACCUUUUUCAGCCGUGGUCCGGUCCACCAUCCCUCAGACCAUGUGGUGGGCCAGACUAUUUUGGGGGGGGGGAUGAAUGAAUUCCUAUGCCCCACAAAUAACCCAGGGAUGCAUUUUAAAUAAAAGGACACAUUCUACUCAUGUAAAAACGCACUGAUUCCCGGACCGUCCGCAGGCCACAUUGAGAAGGUGAUUGGGUCGCAUCCGGCCCACAGGCCUUAGGUUGCCUAGCCCUGGUCUAGACUGUCUUUAUCAGGAGAGGCUGUAACUGGUGCUUUAGCCUAAGCUUUUGAAAGGUGCUUUGUGCCAGUGCGAUUGAGACUGCUUGGAUAAGGCUAACAGCACCCCUAAACUACCAACCUGAUAUUUCAGGGGAAGUUGAGCACAGAGGAGGUAGGUUUUAUCCCUUCAUAUGCCUUUACAAUACCCUUGGGCAUCAACAACUGAAACUCAUUCAGCCACCUAAAUAAGACGGCGCUUUCAACAAGAUUUGCAAAAAAUAGUGUCCAAAUCAAAGUAGCUAUAAAUACAGGAUAUAUUAUCCUUAAAAUAUUUUACAAACAGGACCCUACAGGCCUCCGAGGGCUCAUGUCAUUCUGAAGUUAAGACAUUUUUGCCUUUGAAGCAAGCUUUUCAGUGGGAUUGGGAAAUAGCAAUUUGCCCAAGGCUAUGGAAUGAACUUAAUGAGUAUUAAAGAUUGAACAGCUAAAUAAGAUUAUUCCGUGAGCCCCCAGGAUAGAUAAAAUGGUUACUAAAUAUUUAGUAAAUAUUUUAACGUGCACAUAGUUACCAAAACACAGUUAUUUCCCAAGUGUACUUGUGGUUAUACACAGUGCUGUUUUUCUAGAAAAAUAGGUGCUGGAACCCCUUGUUCUCUUAUAAUGCGAGUGGCGCCCACCUGAAAGGUGCUGGAACAGAGUUCCAGUGAGUUCCAGCUGAAAAACAACAACAACCCUGUUUAUGCAUAAGGCAGGUUACGUCACAACUCUUUUGUGUAGAGAGCUGGCCCUGGUAAUCCAUGUGUGUAGAACAAGGACCUCUUGCUCCUACCUUCGCUGUGAGAUGCUGCCAUUUUUACAGUAGGACAUUCUUGACUUUAUGGAACAUAGAACGAUAUUCAACCUUCUUGUUUUUGUGAAGCUGAAGCUAGUAAGUUUCGAUAGGGUGCUUCGAAAGGAGGACAUCAUAAUCAACCACAAAAGAGUCGCAGGAUAUUUACAAGAAAAGAACUAGUAAAGAAAUAACAAUCUUUGUGCUAUGGCCUGUUCGUAGUACACAAAAUGUUAUGAAUUUAUCCCAAGAAGAAUGAUUGGGCUUGGCAUGAAAUAGGAUUUGGUUUUGUGUGUUUGGAACUGCCCUUUGUGGUUUUCUGCUAUUGAUUUCUCUCUUCCUCUUUCUUUGUAUGUUCUUCAUUUCUGUAGCUGCACCAUUAGUUUAAAUAAAUGAAUUAGCUUUUCCCCUACCCUUGUUCAUCUUGACAUCAUACAAAUCUAUAACUGAUCUGUUUUAUCCAGUUAACCUAUUUGGUUUAAUUUAUAUAUUAUUUUUAAAAAAUGGUUUGACCAGUUGAAAAUAUGAACCUGAUUAGUCAGGGCACCAGGUAUUUUAAUUUUUUGUCUCAAUUCAAAAACGAAAAUACUGACAGCUGAGAACAUCUUAAAGGCACUCUUGUCUCACAAAGGUGUUAAAGUACUUGAAAAAUCAUUUACAUCUAGUGUGUAGCUAUGCAGAAUGACCUAACAGGCACCAAAAGUCCAAGUUGCUAUUUCCUACACUCAGUAUAAUGUUAGAAUGUGAUAAACACACUCAUCUCCUUGUGAUCAAUUGUCCAUUACAACUGAAGAUCACCUGCUAUUGAUUUCAGUUAAAAAGAAAAACCAUAAGGGGAAAAUGUGUUUGAUGCCAGAGGAUCGAAGUAGUGGAGAAAACAGAUGUUUAUAAAUAGUGUUUCCUCAAGCUGAUGUAUGUAUUUUUAUUGCAGGAAAAGGCAUUUUAUAUAGACUUGUGCCUAGAUUGUUUUGAAAAUAACUUUAUCCUGCACUAUGUCCAGCAUCUUAAAAUAGUCUCUGUUUUUUUAAAUGAGUCUUAGGAAGACUGAAAAUAGACUUCAUUGAUACGGUGUGAACCAAAAUGCUCAUUUAAAAAAAAAAAAAAAUUAAAGGUGCACAAUUGCUACUAAUCGUUCGGCACUUCACUGUUUGGUUUCCUAUCACACUUAAUCAUUUUGAGCAAAUUUGAUCAAUUUGACUGAAAAUAUGAUGCAGACAUAACUGUGUAAACAAACAUAAAACUGUUCAGCUAGAUCAAUCAAACACACUCCUAUAAAUAUCCCAGCAAAAUUUAUCAUCAUGGGUAUGCUUAAGGUUACUAAGAGAUGGUAUGGCUACGUUAGGUUUUUAAGAUAUUCAAGUUCGUAUUUUAACCUACCCUGUAAAAUGGAAGGUAAAGCUAUACAGUAUUUUGUUUUUUGAAGCUCCGCCCCUCAAGGGUUAUAAGCUCAUUUUUUCUUAGUGUGUCUUAACUUGCAUUUAAAAGAGGUUUAUCAUGACUUGCAUGUUGUGUUAAAUACAUACUUUGGUGUUAUGUGAUUUUUUUUUAAUAAAAUAAAAUAAAAUCACAUUUCUGGGUAGAGUUAGGACUUGGGAACUCAGGCUUUCACAGUUUUGUCCCCCCUUCUCAAUCCAGCUGUUACUUGUGUCGGGAAGGAAGCUGCUGUGAGGGAGGCAGACAUUUAGGGUAGAUGGAAGUUGUGGCGUCGGAGUGAAGGGUGCUGGCAGAUAACCAGGAAAUAAAAUUAAUAUAAUAGAAUUGUAGAGUUGGAAGAGACCUUGAGGAUCAUCUUCUAGCCCAAUCUCCUGCAAUGCAGGAAUAUGCAGCUAUCCCAUAUGGGGAUUAAUCCUGCACUCUUGGCGUUAUCAGCACUAUGCUCUCUAACUAACCGAGCUAUCCACUGGGGAACACCAUGAAAAAAGUUAAAAAUGAGGAUGGGCAAUAUUCUCUUGAGGGUGUGGAGAAAUGGCUUACUUUACCCUACAUGGGAUUAUUAAGAAUUCCCUUCUUCCCUAUGGAACAUACUGGGAGGUAUUUUACUAGUUUGAUAUGAAUUGCGACCAACACUUCAAUAUACUGUCGUAAUUUCUGUGGCUAGCUUUAGCAUUUCUGGGGUGUUUCAUACUUUUCUGAGCUGAUUAUGCUGUUACAGUAUAGUAGUGAUGGUGGCGAUUGUUUCUGCUUGGGAGCUCAGAAUGUUGAAUGUGUACUCAGUAAAGCUUUAUUAAUAUGUGCACAUAAUUGUUCAAUAAAACAGUUUCUCUGCUGCUACUUCAAGAACUUACGGCCUACUUAUCCUUACAUUUUAAUCUAAUAAGCUCACUGUCUCAGCAGAACAUUUUCCCCCCAGCCUGUUUUCAACAGAAUAUGUUCUCUUCUAUUAGCUGUGGAAGUAUUAAGGUAACAGGGUAGUUGUUUUGAGGCCCAGUAAUCAAAUCUCUGAACUGAAUAUGAGAAAGUGUUGAAUGGUGACAAGAGGUAUCCGUGUUAAAUAUAUUGUUCUUAUUUAUUGUUUUAAAUUUGUAUACUGACCUAUACCCGUUGAUCUCAGGGAGAUUCUCAACAUAAAAUCACAAUAUCAAAAACAUAAAAUACAUAAUAAAAACAAAGACAACUCGAUAAUCUCCCCUUUCACAACACGUUUGAAAAGGGCAGCAGAUGUCAAUCAGUCGGUGGCCUGGUUUUCGCCUGGUGCCUAAAGGUAUAUAAUGAAGUUGCUAGCUGAACCUCCCUGGGGAGAGAAGAAAAGGCCUGUUCUUGUGUUGCCACCCUCCAGACCUCUCAUGGAGGAGGCACAUGAAGAAGGGCCUCAGAAGAUGAUCUCAGGGUCCUUGUAGAUUCACAUGGAGAGAGGCGGUCCUUCAGGUACAUACUUCUACUGUGGCUUGAGAUCACUUAUCUGGAAGUGCACUCAAUCAAAAUUUGUGGAAUUUUGAUGUAAUUUAUUUGGGGUGUGAUUUGCUUCCCUGUUGACCCUCUGCUGGACCUGAGUUAACAAAGGGGGAUGCCGGUAUAGAAGUUUGUUUCCAUGCACACCACAAGCAUGGAAUGAACUGGGUCAUUAUAAGGCUCCUCAAGUCCAUCUGGGGUCUGUAGUCAGAUCACACAAAGGAGAGAAGAUUGAAGUGAGCAGGCAGGCAACAAAACAAAACAAAACCCUGCUCUGGUGAUUGGUGCAGGUCAUUAAAAACAUGCAAAGGGGUCUGUUCUGAAGUGUAACGGUAUCUGUUGCACCAAGACUGAAGAAGAGUAGAAGAUUCAUAUGGCGUAGUGUUGAUCUUCUUGGAAGUCAUUGGUGCUGGAAUGCCUUUGUGACCAAAGGGUGGAAUUAUUAUUAAUAGACUAUCAGUCAUGAGCACGGGGCAUUACAAAUUAGCAGCAAGAAGACAGGCCCCUGAAAAAAAAAAGCAAAGGAAACUUAAAAUAUCAUAUUCAGCCCAGGAGUUUAUGGUGGAAGUGAAAUUAAGCAGGGAAAAACCAUGUAUUUAGAUUACUUAUAUGUAUUUAAUUUCAGUAGAGGCCGAGGACCAGGGCCUUGUCUCAAGAACUCCAUGGAAAUUGCGAGGUUUGGGAAGAGAUUGGAAGGAAGGAAGGAAGGAAGGUGCUAUCAAGGAAGGUUGCCUCAAGAUCUCAACUUCUGUGAUCACCAAAGUGGAGAAGAUGUGGAAUUGGACUGUUCACUUCCUUCUAAUAAACUAGCCUUCCCCUCCCCUUUUUCCUAGGUACCCUCUCAGGAGCUAGAGAAAGUUGGGAAUAUGAUUCUGGAGCUAGAGACCUUCAGAGCCCUGACUUGCACAGUCGUUCAACUCUGCAGAGGUUCUUGGACUAUGGAGGCAAUGCCAUGAAUCAACAAGUUGCAAUGCAGAGACUUCUUACACAAGCUUCCAAUUUUAGUAAUUCAGUUGGAGGAAGUUACCUGGAACUUGCCAACACUGUGAGUACACUUUUAGUUCACUGAAAAGUCUUGAUUUUUUGUGUUUUUCCCUCCCCCCCAACUCAGAUAGUAAUUAAUACUUUAAAUCGUAGUCCAUAGGAAAACACCAGGUGGCUGUUUUCAUCUGAGUGAACAUCAUUAAAUUUUUAUUUUUGUAAAUAAUCAGUCCCCAGCACUUGCUUUGUUGUUGAGGAUUGGUAUUCAAAAACAUCUUGUUUCCAUAACUUAUUUGGUUGUGCUUCUAUGAUUUAUUCAAAUUUGACUACUAAAAAAACUAGCAAUCCGUUUAGAAAUUUAAAUUAGCCCGUGUGCAAGUUAAGUCUUUAUGCCAGAAUAGUACAGAAGGAAAAAUCAGUCCAUUAUUUAUUGGUUUUGUUUUUGUUUUCUUGAAACUGCAUUCUGAAAAUUCCUUGGGGUGCAAAUAUGAUACACUCUCACUACAGAGAAGACUCAUAUGCAUUCUCAAUUCUGUUUAAGGAAAGCCUAAGAGGAGUUGUUGUCGUUACCAACUGA